ACUACUGUUUACUGGGUCUUCAAAAGAAACUUGAGAAGAAAAAGAAAUAGCCUGCUAUGUCCAAUAAGCUAACAUGUGUCUACUUCAGACUUCAUCUUCAGCUAAACAAACUUUAUGUGCUCACGAGAUUAGAAUACUAGCAAACGUCACUAAAAUCCUUCAUCAGUCAAUAGUUUAGAAUCGGAGACAUGGACAUAUCAUUUAUAGUCAAAUAAGGCGGGAUUCCACUGUACUGACUUUUAACCCAUAAAAUGGCAAAUUUUCAAACAAAUCCAUGAUCCCCUCCCACCCCCCAAAGAGACUAUAGAGAACAGAAAGCAUUUUCGUGAGAGAAAGCUAGAGAUGGAUUUGGUUCAGUCGAUGAUGAUCAUCUUGUCAGUUAUAGUAGUAGCAGUACCUUUUGCGGAGAGCCAAGUAGAUGAUCAAUGGCAGCAAUCAAGUUACGGAAUCGAAACACAAAAGAUAACACGGUUACACUUAUUCUUGCACGACAUGGUAAGUGGAAAGAACCCAUCGGCAGUAAAAGUUGCUGAUCACUCAAACACCUACAAUUCACCAGGCUACUUUGGUUUUGUAGCCAUGGCUGACGAUAUCCUAACGGAAGGACCUGAACCCACUUCUAAAGCAAUAGGUAGAGCUCAAGGUUUGAUCGCCUUUGCUUCACGAGAAGAGUUUGCUGAAGUGAUGUCUAUGAGCUUUGUGUUCACAGAUGGGGAAUUCAAAGGUAGUUCUCUUAGUAUUCUCGGAAGGAACCCAAUUCUUCAACCGGUUCGUGAGAUGCCUAUUAUCGGUGGAACGGGAAGUUUCCGGUUUGCUCGUGGAUUUGUUGUUUCAAAGACGCAUUGGGUUAAUGUUACCACUCAUGAUUUGAUCGAAGAAUAUCACCUUACUAUUAUGCACCACUGAGAAAAUGAGAUGAAAUGAGAGUUGAUGUAAAAUUAUUUCUACAUUUCACUUGUAAUCUUGUUAUGUCUAUUUCUUAAACGGUUAAUAAUGUGUAUCUUGGUUGCUUAUCCUCAAAAAUGUGUCAAACUAAAUUUGUACA